GAAUUCAGGGCUGACCACUUGGUAUUGACUACCCAAUUAGGGGGCUCAUCCCCGAAAGACUAAUUCUAUCUCUCUCAGCAGUCAAUCAUUAGUUGCUUAUGGUUCUUUGUCUAUGGGUGAAGCCCAUUAAAAUUUCCUCUUUUCAUAUUACUUAGUUCUUGUUUAGGUAGACAUUGUUGCGGGAUCCUGGAUGUAGUUUCCCUGUCAUAUGUAGGCGACAUAACCUCAUAUAGCAGACUUCUGGUCCUUUGACUCUUACAGUCUUUCUGUCCACUCUUCUGUGAUGUUCCCUGAGUCUUAGGUGUGCAGGCACUGUGUCAAAGAGGGAAAUCUCAGAAAUCCAGUCUCUUCUUGAAGGCUGAGGAUUUCUAAAGCCUUGAAAGGUUUUCCUCCCUAAUUUAGGGUUGGUCAGUUUGCAGAAAUAUGGAAAGACUGGUUGGGCAGUAACUGUUGUGUAAUAGAUCCUGAUCUGGCCUUGAACGUGUUGAGUUUAUCAGGAGAGGGCAUGUUGGAGGGAGAAAAAAAAACUCAAGGCGUUUGUUUUAAGCUGCCAGGCUUUUGUCUUAGGUCAGAAGGGUGAGGAAGAAGCCGACCAUCUUCGAAGCUCACCACCUUUAUUACCUAGCUGUGGUCCUUCUCCCUACAUCUGCCUACCAGAGAGUCGAACUCACCGUCUCUCCAAAUCACCAAUUUUGUGGUGAUUUGUUUCAGUAGUAAUAGGAAACGAAUACACACAGUAAAAUCAUUUCUCACUUGUAACAUGCUCUACUAAUGAGGCUGUAGUUGGGUGCACUCUCUCUUGUCAUGCUUUUGUGUGUAAAAGUUAGUAUACUUCUAAAGGAGGACAACUGGUCAGAAUCUUUUUCAAAAUUACAGAUGUAUCCAAGUUUUGGCUAGGCAGUUUCCAUUGGUGGAAUGUAUUCUAAAGAUCAGUUAGGCUAUGUGUUUACUGAAGUAUUAUUUAUAAAAAAGAGACUUGGAAAUGACUCAGUCAUCAUCAGUUGGGUUCAUUAACAACAAAUAAAAUGUUACACAGAUGUGAGAAGAAUGAGGACAUGUAUGCCCUGUGUAGUAUGGACAUAUUAGAAAGGAAACCUAAAAGUUGCAUUGUUUUGUGUGGAAAAACAAAAUAUUUGAUCAGCUAUAUUUUAUGGGAGUGGGGACCAUAAAGUUAUUUGCUCCUUUUUUUCUAUGAAUAGAGGAGCUCGAGAAUGAUAACUAAGAACAGUGGCUAUAUUAGCCAGGAGAUGGAAAGUAAACAGAUUGGUGGCAAAGACAGGAGGUACAUUUUUAUUUUACAGUUUAGAUUUUUAAUAACAUGGUUGCAUUACCUAUUCACAUAUGCUCUGUAAUCACAAAUAUGAUAUCUAUGAGACAGGUGGGAAAGCCUUCAAAAGAUAUUCAGAGAUCAAGAAUCAACUUUUGCUAGUGAGAGACCCUGUCUCAAAACUGCACAGUGGACAGCUCCUGAGGCAUGACACCAAAGGAUCUGGACUCCACACAUGUGCUCCCCCACUCACCUGUGCCUGAGUAUAUACAAACACACAAACACACAGAAAAUCAUCUUUGUGAAAUGACAUAGCAAAAACAGAAAUUCAGUGUAAGUAUUGAAAGAUGAAUAUAAGAAAACUCUCAGAGUUUGGUCAAAAUGUUAUGAGGAAAGAAGGGGAUAUAAUAAAAAAUGGAUCACUUUGUUUUCCAGCAAAGAAGUGCCCACAUGUGGGUGGUGGACUGGGCUUGGAGAAAGUGAGGGAAGAUAAUUUUAUUCUUCCUUUUAAGUGUGCUGUAUUCACAUAAAUAUGUACAGAUUUAAUUUGGAUAAGAAGUUACACAAUUAAAUAGAAUAGUCAAGGAAGAUCAAGUAAAAAAACACUUAAAAGGCAAAUAGUUUGGAAAAUAAUGAAAGUAUUUCAACAAGUCUUUGAAAAUGUGUAGUGACUAAACAAAUGAUACUUUUUGUGGAUUUUUCUUUGUGUAUGUAUGUUCAUGUAUGUGCGUGUAUGUACAUAUAUAUGCAUGUUUGUGUGUACAUAUUUAUGCAUGUAUGGAGGCCAGAGGUAGAGAGCAGUGAUCUCCCUUAAUUCCUCUCCAUCGUGUAUUUUGAGAUAGGAUCUCUCCCUGACCCUGGAGUCAGCAGUCCUGGGGAUUCUCCUGAUUCUGCCUCCCCAACGCUAGGAUCAUAGCUCUGAGAUUACAAGUGUGAUGAAUUCUGGGUUUGAACUCAGAUUAUUAUGCUUACAUAAUUAAUACUUUGCUGACUAAAUUAUCUCCCUAGUAGAAAUUGUUCCCUAAUAAAAAAUUCACCUUUUACUAAAUUUGUUAAACUAUAAAAUAUAUAACAAAAUAUAGUAUAAUGUCUAAAUCCUUUAACCAUAAAAACACCUUAAAGUCCUUCAAAUGAAUACUUUAUAAACCCCAACAAAUUUAUUGUCAGAAGCACCCUGAUUCUUAGUUUGAAAUACACAAUGCUACGUUUGUACCAGCAUGAAAAAGAACAAAAAGAGAUUCUAGAAGAAAAAGGUGAAGCGUAUCUGACAAACACUCCGCUGUGAGGGUAGCCCUGUCCUGGAACCUUGGUUUCAAAUACAUUGGACUGGGCGGUGAGACAAAGCAAACCCUUCCAUCCUGAAGUGACGUGACAUGCAGUGGCAGAACAGCUGAGGUCCUUGUAUAUGGAUUCUGUCACCUUCCGAUACAGUCAGAGUUGCCUCCAGGUCAAACGACUCACGAGGGAGAUAGUUAAGACCCAGUGAACUGGAACCACGAUUAUCUAACAAUCAAUUGCAUAGUUCUUUAGUGUGGGAAAACUGGGGAGUUUGCUAUUUCUCAAGUGGGAUCUCACCAGGGGAGUAAGCACAUUCGACAUGGAAAAAUAAAUCACUUCACCCUUCAUUGUAUUGCAACAGCAUGAGAGAAUCCAGACUAAGCGGGGCAAAGAAUAACAAACAGGAAGAUGGAAUACUUUUUUUAAAGACUCACUGCCUUUUCCUGAGCACAAUCCCUAUCCCCCUCUCCCUCUAAUGCUGCAAAGCGAGUCCUUCAUUUUCAGACACUGAUCUGUCCUCAGGUCAAGACAGUGGUUUUUGGAGUAGCUUGUUAGUCAACUAGUACUGAGCUGAGUUCCAAGUGGAUUUACUUGUAAGUUUUAGUACCAAGGCAACCAGCCCUCCUAGGACCCAUUUGAUAGAGAUGGGUCAAGUCUAUUUCUUAGAAACAUCACAGGGCAAUAGUAAGAGAAAAUUAAAUUGGUUCAUUCUCUCUCUCUCUCUCUCUCUCUCUCUCUCUCUCUCUCUCUCUCUCUCUCAGUACUCCAAUUAAGGUAAGACAGUAAUAAGGCUCUUAGGAAGCCUUCAGUAAAGCUACAUCGCCUUCAUUGCUCAGGUUCACACCAGUAAAUACUAAUUAAGAUGGCAAAAGCUACUGACAGCAACACGGCUCCGAUUUUGAAACUGGAGCCUCACUAAGUGGCUGUGAACCUAUCUGAUGAGUUGCAGCAAAGACAAUGUUAAGAAGAAGAAAAUGUCAUUUCCCUCCACAGACCAUGGCAGAGGUCAGAGGUGAAGAAGCCAAACUCCUUUGGCUAGAGCAGACAAACUCUUUACAAACACCAGACAGCAAGAUGAUUAGAAACAAUGAAGGAGACCCUGGCUGUCAAUAAUUAACUUUCUGAUGAGGAGCAGGAAUGCUGAAGCCAUUCUCGUGGUUCUCGGCCCAGUGGAGCAGCUGGGGUCCAGGGCCACUUUGUCCUGGACUCAGUCUACCAUGUGGGGAAUGUUCAACUAGACCCUAACAUGGACAGUGAAAGUGUCUGAGAAAAGACACUGAGGCACAGUGGCCUUUGAAUGGGACUUCCUUAUUAGAUUUCCUGAAGAGUUAGCAUGCCCAGGCUUCGUGGAAGGCUUUCUUAGGCUUCCCCUGUAGAUUCCACAGCGCUGCCAAGACUGUAUGAGCUUGAUUCAGGAAGGAGCAAUCUGAUUUUAGACUAAGAAUGAGAGUGAAGAGACAAGGUGGAGGAAAAGCGGGAGCAGGUACAGAAAGGUGGGAGCUCAGCCCCAAACUGAGGGCCGUCUCAGAGAUUACCUACUAGGGUUUUACUCAUAUAAGCUGUCAGAGUGGUCACUCACUGAUUAGAAGUGAGCUGAAGGUGAGCUGAUUCUACUGGCAUGCUUUUUUACCCUUUCCACCAGACUCUUGUCCUUCUCAUUUUGUAGAUAGUGACCCUUUUGUGUCGGAUUUAAUGGGUGCUUAGUUAUAAAACCCUUUCACUGAGAUAUAAUAAUAUUGAUAUAAAGUAUAAAUUAUUUCACUACAAAUGAACACACAACUAUCACAUCAUGACUAUUAAGAUGUAUAUUUUCUUUUCCUUUGCUCCUGUCCCUAUCACUUGACUCUCCUUUUUACUCAAGGGCAGCCACCAUCCUAAUCUCUGAUGUAAGUGUAUCAGCAUGCUAGAGCUGCUGUCACAAAAUCAGCAUAAUGGGUGGCUUGAAAUUAUAGAUUUAUUGUUUCACAGUCAUCUGAAGUCAAGGGUUAGCAGGCCUGAUUCCUCCGGAGGCUGUGAAGGGUGGCCUCUUUCAGUCCUCUCUUCUGGGUGGGGUAACUCCCCUGAAAUCUUUGUCUCUUUGCCUAUAGAUCCAUCACUCAAUUUCGAACAAAUGCAGUAUACUCUUCCUGUGUCUCUGUAUUUGUGAUCAGACUUUCCUUUCUAUAAGGAAACUAGCCAUAUUGGAUUGGUGUCCACACUAAUGAACUCAUUUUAACUUAGGUAACUUCUCUCUUCCCUAAUAAGGUCAUAUUCUGAGGAAGGAGCGUUAUAAACUUAGCAUAGCUUUUGGGAGGGAAAAUGUAAUUCAUCCUCAACUACAUGCUGUUUUUGCCUGAUAUUGAAGCUCAUUUAAAUGAUGAUAUUGUAAAGUAUUAGUUGGUACUGAUUUUUCUUUUGGCUAAAAUUUUGUGAGAUUUAUUCAUGCAUUGAUGAAAAGAUAUAGUUAGUGCCUGCUAUUUUAUUCGUCUGAGGCUGGGUCUGAUUACAUAGCCCAAAUUGGUCUUAAACUCACAAUUCUGCUGGCUUAGCUGUCUGGGUGCUACGAUUUCAGAUAUACACCAGUAUGCAUGCCAGGCUGCUUGGUUCACUUAAGACGUUAUCUAGUAUUUUAUUAUAUGAUAUGGUAUGAAUACAAUCAAAAUACAUUGUAUGCUUGCAUGAAAUUUAAGUUUGAGUAGAUGAGUAGAUGAUCUGAGAGAUAAUAAAGCUUCUAUGGUUGUUCAUGCUAUUGAAAAAAGAGGAAAAGGAGAGAAUUCCAAACAGGAUGCAUUGAUGAGGGAGUGAUUGCUGAGGACAAGUAGGUCAGGUCUCAAUGAGUCCUUGAGGAUCCAUUGGAAGUAGGGGAACUGUGGCAUAAUACCACAGCUCACUGGUCAGCUUGGAUGGGACAACUUUUUUUGUCAUUAAUUGAUGGUUGCUACAGGAGUACUACUUCCAGGACAUUUUUAACAUGAUAUAGUUAUAGACAGAGGAUGCUACUAUGACCUACAAAGAAAGUUCCUAUAGAAAGUAUCUGCAGGAAGACAGCCACAGAAGCUUUUAUUAACAAAAUACUGAGGGCUGGUGACAUGGCUCAGCAGUUAAGAGCACUGUCUGUUGUUCUUCCGUAAGACCUGGUUUGAUUCUCAGCACCCACAUGGCAGAGAACAACCACCUGUAAUUACAGUUCCAGAGUAAACACUUGGAAAUAUUAUUGUAAGAAGUGCCUUUUGCAGUCUCACCUAUGUUUAAAUUUGAUUUACAGAAAUCAUCUAUCUGCCAAGAUCUAUCUCUAUAUAUAUGUACAUAUCAUAUAUAUAUCAUCUUUUAUCUACCUACCUACCUACCUAUCUACCUAUACAUCCAUGUUAUUCUGGACAUGAGUAAUUUUUAAAUAUGUUUUUGGCAAAUACCUUUUGCCACUCUGUGGCCGACCUUUUUACUUAACAGCUAUCUAAUGAGCAUAAAUUAUUAGUUUUAAUUACAGUUAAAUUUAAAAACUAUGUCUCAACUUCUAAUUUUCAAAUCUUGAUGACUAGAGAUUUUAUCCUUCUAUCUAACGUCUUUUAUGGUUAUGAAUGUCUAGUUCUCAAAUGUGAGACUUUCGAGUGCUGAACACAUUUCAGAAGAAUGUAUGUCGCUAUGCUGCCAAGCCCUCCUUUGUGCUGACAAUGUGCUCUGCAUUUCACUGUGAGGAAACUGAUCACAGUGCAUUGUAAGACUGUCACUGUGUGCCAGUCUCUUCACUGGAUCCUAAACUUCUAUAGAACAAAGAAAAUGAUUCAUUCAUCUUUGUACUCUCAUUAGGCAAUGCUGAGCACAUAAUAGGUUUUCAUUAAUUGUUUCCCAAACUGAUCAUUAAACUUACUAAAAUAACCCCAGGGUCUUUAAAAUCAUACUAAUUUUGAGAUAUAACACAGACCAAUUAAAUAUGACUCUGAGAAGAAUUCUUGACACCUUUUUAAUAUUUUAAGCAUUUAUUAUUUAUGUGUGUGUGUGUGUGUGUGUGUGUGUGUGUGUGUGUGUGUGUGUGUGUGUGUGUUUGCAUGCACACACAUGUGUGGAGGUUAGAUGACAACUUGUGGAAGUGGGUUCUCUCCUUCCAAAUGUGGGUGCUGGGGAAUGAGGUUUGGUGGCAAGCAGUUUUACAUUUUGACACAUUAUUUUGCAGUCCAUGAAAAGGUAUAGGAGUGUAAGAACAUCUUUCUACUGGCAUCUAGUUAGAGGUUGGGGAUGCUGUUGAAUGUCUCACAAAAUCCAACACACACUCUCAUUAAAAACAAGUAUUGGCACCACAAUACAGAGAUGUUUGCUCAGGGCAAUGCAUGUCUGGGUUUCUAGAUGUAUUUUGGAAAUUUUGGUCCCUAUUGUAAGUGGAAAAUGGCUUUACCAAGUAAAUUCUGAAUGGUCUCAUCAUCUCAUCAUGGCUUCUCCAUUGCUGCAUUGCUUCCUGCAGAGCUGUCCCCAGCUUGCACAUUUCCCCCAUCUCCUUUGCUGUGGUCUUCUCCUCCUCACCAUCACCCUCAGAGGAGUGAGUUCAUUACACAUUCCUCCUGCCUUCCCCACAGAUCCCAUUUCUCUUAGAAAUUCAGGGUCCCUCCUUUUCAAGCAUUGGGAAGCCAUCACCAGCUGAACAUCUCCAGUCAGAUCCAAGAAAAGAAGCACACUCUUGUGUGAGGCAGGAGUGGGAGGCAUCUAGUCUUUCAGAGCUGACAUGCAGCAGAGAUGUCUGUUCCUAAAGAGAGCCUGGUGAAGUCUCUGUGGGGACUUCCCUCCCAUGUGACUUCCAGCCCCAGCACAACACUGAGUGUCCAGGAACACAUGUGAUAUUGUAACACUCAUCAAUCAUAUCAGCUUUCAAAGGGAAAUUGAAAAUUGAAGACAAACUUAAUUGGUACUUAUGAUUUUUAGUGUGUCUAGGCCAUGUAUUAGAGCAUAAACAGGUAAACAGAGAAAAGGGAAAAGAUUUCGUUAAAGCCAACAUAUGAAUACAUAUCCAAGACUUUUUCAAAAGGAGGCUUAAGUUUCCCAUUGUUCUGUCUUAGAUCACUUCUUCAUGUUCCAGAAGAUUGAACUAAGCAAGCAGAUGAAGGAAACCGGGAAUGGACAGAGGAUGAAGCCUGCUGGGGAAAUCCCCCCCAGAGAUGCCGUGAUAAGUCCGCACUGCAAAGUGUAUGAAAAUUGGCAGCAGAGCCCACAUUCUGAGGAAUGCAGUGACAGCAACAAGAGCCUGCUUAAUCAAGUGAGCGCUGCCUUUUUAAAAGCACCCAAGACGUCUUUAUAUAAAAGGCAGAGCAGCCGAAAUCUUAGUCAGCCUUUGAGAAUGAACGUGUCAAAGGCCCUCACAGUGCCCUGCACCGGGAUCCUGAACCGAGGUUGGUUCAUCUGCAACUGCCCACUUUCCAUCUGCCUGGCUGCCGGAUUACUUCGCACAACACCAGCUACUUCGAUUGCUAACCGUCACAGGACCACCAUCAGCCACAGAGUCGGAGGCGCAAGGACCAUCAAAUACACCCAGGCGGGAGUCGGCUUGGACCCACCUGGACAGUCAGAUCCACUUCAGCUUGUCGGGUCCAAGCUGUCAGAUCCAAGCUGUCAGAUCCAAGCAGUGCUGGACGAUUCCACAGGGCUCAAAACAACAGCGAAGACAAUCAGCUACCUCAGAACAUCUGGCUACCUCAAGAAGCGGCCCUCCCCAGCCACCCCCAAAAAUUAACCAGUGCCCACCAAGUCAGCUGGAAGCAGUUUUAAGAGACACGGUACCCCCAUUCCCAAUCACCCACCACCCCUAACCCCUUACUUUUUACAAUAACAAAAAAAGGUGGAAUGUUAUUAUUCCUAGCUACCUCUGGAGUCACAUGACUGCACAUGCUCUGUCAGCAAUCAGGCAAAAUGCUUAGUCACUCCAGGGCCUUGUGUCCUAUGUAAUCUGUUCACAGCGUGAUCAGUGAUCACGUAAUCUAUGCACAUGCAUGGUGUAGCUGUGUAAACCCAUAUACACAUACACGAGGUGACCUAUAAAAGCAGGCUCUACCCACUCCCGGCUCUCUCUCCCUCUCAACAGAGGUAGUGCACAUCUCUCUCUCCCCCCUCCCCCCUGCACCUUUCUUUUUGGUAGGCCUACCCACCUCCACCUUUUCCCUUCCCUAAUAAAAACUCUUACAGUGGGCUCCACUGCACCUUGCGUUUUCCUUCACCUGGUAAAUAAUGUCACCAAAUAAAUAACACACUCAAUAGUUACUUUUGUGCUGUUAACUAGCUUCUGGAUUAGUUUAAGAUUAUUCACUGGACCAUUUCAUUUUUCACAGUGACUUUUGAGAGCAUUAUCUGUGGAUUGUUUUUAAAUCAUGUUUAGCAUUUUAAUUCUGUAAUUAAAAAUAAUUGUCUUUUCAUCAAGAGUUUCACCUAUCUGUGGCCCUCACAAGCUAAAAUAAUGCACUGUCAAUCAGGGUGUAUCCACUGGUACAACAGUA